AUGGCGGCGGUCAAUGGCUGGCUGGGAACCCUCGUUAUUUUAUUGAUAAUCAGCGCUUCGAAAGCUCAAGAAGGUUACUUCUGGCACAUCACGGACCACCAUUACGACACAACGUACUGGUCUGAAAUGCGGUCCUGUAAUGACGAAGUUCCGGUUCGUGGUAUCUAUGGCGACUACUGGUGUGACUCCCCCUGGCGACUCGUCAACGACAGCAUCAACGCCAUGGCAAGCAUCAAAAGCAACGUCGAUUUUAUCAUCUGGACUGGAGAUACAGUGGCCCACAUCAAGGACCAAUACCUGAAUGAGUCAGUUAAUCUGGAGAUAAUGAAAGUUGUGACUGACGCUCUGAAGGCGGCGUUCCCAGGGGUCAAGGUCUACGCCACGAUGGGGAACCACGACUGGUAUCCGUCCGACCAAUUCCCUGUCACGUCGCACUUCCUGUACAACGCCACUGCGGAACUCUGGGAAGACUGGAUUGGCGAUGCAGAACAGAUGGCGAACUUCCGGAAAGGCGCCUACUACACAGCGAAGACAGCCCAAGGACUGAGGAUUAUCGGACUGAACACAAACCUGUACUACACGUCGGACAAACUGACCACAGACUUGACUGAUCCUGCUGGUCAGUUCGCCUGGCUGGAGGAGGUCCUUAAGAACGCCAAGGUUGCUGGAGAGAAGGUGAGGUGUUGUUAUCCGCUCACAUUCCUCCCGGCGUUCACGUUCCUGGAAAUGUUCAAUGGCUGGCUAAGUAUUUCAACACCCGCCUCAUCGACUUACUCAAACAAUAUACCGACGUCAUCGCCGCCAUGUUCUUCGGGCACGACCACGCUGACGGAUUCAAAUUAUUACAAGAAUGGGAGUACUCCUGGCACACCGAUGUUUAUGGCGCCGUCGAUCACCCCCUGGCGUUACAAGAUUCCAGGGAAAUCGGGCGAUGCCCACAAUCCGGCCAUCCGACUGGUCAAGUACAACAAGGGCAGCGGCCUCCUGCUGGACAUCCACCAGUACUACAUGGACCUGACUGACAGCAACAAGAACAACGCCUCCAACUGGACAAUAGCUUAUAAAACCAGCGAGGCCUUUGGCUUAUCUGACCUCUCGGCAGACUCCCUUAAUGGCGUUAUUAAGAAGAUGGAAACAGACAAGACCUUGCUUGAUAAGUAUAUCAAGUACAACACCGUUCUCGCCAACGGGGAAAAAACUGUCAAUGAAUGUGGCGAGAAAUGCCGUGCAAUAUUCACAUGUGGCUUCACCCACAUGGACAAAACAUCAUUCGAUUCUUGUGUAGACUUUCGCGUCGGUGCUGCGACAAUGCUCCGUUCUACUACCACCUUUUUUAUCGCUUUGGCUACACUGUACAUCCUCAUGUAG